GCUCCCGAUCCGAACUCCACAACGUUCAGGAACGCGCCAAAACAAAUAAGUGCUGACAUCAGGAUAAAAUGGUAUUGGUUACCGUGCCUCCCAGAAAGCGGCACGUCACUGCACGCCAUUGCACGCCAUGGUCUUAGAUCUCUUAACCUAAGGGGAUCGUUGCUGCUGUCCUGUGACCUAUGUUGUAACCAUGCAGUCUACAAAGUUAUUUAGGAAUGCUGUUUCCCUGCGUUGCUGCAAAUCAUCUUCCAUAAUCACAGCAACCCUACCACGUGCAUUCAUUACUCGGAUUAUUCCUACCACCUCUCGACCUUAUUCGUCGACCCCGCCAAACAAUACCGACCGCUUGAAGGGCCCAGUCGAAACUUCCUCAACUAUGCAGGCAGUAAAAAACACCAUUGCCGAGAAUUUCGGUAAAGUCGUCUCAGGCGCCCAUGGCCUCGCACCCGCAGACCAGCAGUUCUCCCUUGAGGAAGUGCCAGAUCUCACUGGAAAGGUGGCCGUUGUAACUGGUGGUUCUGAAGGUAUCGGCUAUGGAUGCACGCACACGCUUCUGUCGAACAAUAUCAAGAAGCUAUUCAUCAUAUCGUGGAGCGAAGACAUCAUUGAGGAUGCGCUGAAGGCGAUCAAGGAAGAGAUGGGAGAGGACAAGGCCAGCAGAGUCGAAUGGCUAAAGUGCGAUCUCGCCGACUGGGAACAGACGGGCAAAACUGCGCUCGAGAUUGCUCAGAAGACAGACAGGAUCGACAUCUUGAUCAACAACGCUGCUCGCGGUAUCAUGACAUACCAACUGGCCAAGAACGGUGUCGAUCUACACAUGGCUUCUAACCACUUCGGCCACGUCGUCCUGACUUCUCACUUGCUACCCUUGCUCAAAUCCACCGCCGAGAAGGGCGACAAGGUCCGGAUAGUACAGUUAGGGUCCAACGCACACGAGAACGCACCGAAAGACACCAAAUUCGAGUCCAUCGAUGAGCUCAACACAGACCUUGGCCCAAUGGCACAAUACGGCCGCACAAAGCUCGCUACUAUCCUGUACGCGCGCUAUCUAGCCCGUCACCUAUCAUCUUCCCACCCCAACAUCCUGUCCAAUGCCACACACCCCGGUUUCGUCGAGACACGGCAGUCAGUCGACCACAUCCACGAAGCCUAUCCGCUCGGUGGCUAUGCAAUGAGUUACGGUCUCGCACCAUUCAAGAAGACACAGUUUGAAGGCGCAGUGAGCACCAUGUUUGCGGCGACCAAGACAGAGGGUACAGGCGAGUACAUUUGCCCGCCCGCGAUACGGGAGCCGGGUAGUGAUCUGGCGAAUAAUGAGAAAUUGGGCGAGCAGCUGAUGGAUUUCACAUGGAAGGUUGUCAAGGAAAAGACGAAAAGUUCAAGCGCCGAUAAAGGUUGCCCAUUCAAGUUAUAUUAGAAGUGCACUUGCAUAAUACGUAUAGGUCGUCUAAUCGAACGAUGUUAACCGAUCAA